CCUAAUCGGCUGUGCCUGUGGCUGCUCAAAUCUUCAAUCCAGAGCUGCACCUUUGCUGCGGCUGUGCUUGUGGCUGUUGCGGCUGUGCCUGUGGCUGCUGCGACAGCAUCUGUGCCGCUUCUUCAUCGAUCUCACGAUCUCCCGCCCAGGCCUAGGCACACACAACACAAACCCGAUCAAGAGCCGCCACAACCACCUCCAUUGCCGAAGGGUUUAUAUGGCAGUAUGGAGCUUAUAAUUGUAUACAUGCAGGGAAAAACAAGGAAGUACUUGCGAUAUGUGAGAGCAGCAGGUCCCCUCACAGCUGUUCUUUCGGGCACAAUUUUUGUAAAAAUAUUUAAUCCAUCUUCCAUAUCUUUGGUAGGAGAUAUACCUCAGGGCCUACCAAGCUUUUCUAUUCCUAGAGCUUUUGGAUAUGCUACAUCUUUGAUCCCCACCGCACUUCUCAUUACUGGUGUAGCUAUUUUGGAAUCUGUGGGCAUUGCAAAAGCAUUAGCAGCAAAGAAUGGGUAUGAGCUGGACUCAAAUCAAGAGUUGUUCGGUCUUGGUGUGGCCAAUAUUUUUGGUUCAUUUUUUUCAGCAUAUCCAACAACAGGUUCUUUUUCUAGGUCAGCUGUGAAUCAUGAAAGUGGAGCUAAAUCUGGCUUAUCUGGACUUGUUAUGGGAGUCUUGAUGGGCUGCGCUCUCCUAUUUAUGACACCACUGUUUGAAUAUAUACCGCAGGUUGCUUUGUUAAGGUUUUGGAAGAAUGGAUGAAGCAGAUUUUUUGCAAGGAUGCUAUCUUUAUGUGUAUUUUUGUGAUGGGUUGUAAUCUUUAAUUUCAUAAGUUUAAUUUGGAUUGCUUGCUUUAUUUGUGUAUUAUUUUUUUGUCAUGGUUUGUAAGAGAUUAUAUUUCCUUUCCUUGCAUGGUUGGUUGAAUGUGUGAACGUGAUAUUCAUUUA